CACUCUUUUGUUUACAUCCACGUCACCAGGAAAUUCAUCCUUCUGGAGUCAAAAUGCAGAGACGGGACUCCCAAGAGUCUCCUCAUUUUGGUGAGGAGGAAGAUAACUUCAGGCUCAAAAAGUCUGCAGUUAGGCAUCCCGUGGCAUCAUUUUUCCAUCUCUUCUUUCGAACAAGUGCCAUUUUGGUUUAUUUACUAAGUGACAUCUUCAGCAGUCGCUUUAUUGCAUGUAUGGUCACCAUCAUCCUUCUGCUGUCAUGUGAUUUCUGGACUGUCAAGAAUGUAUCUGGCAGACUGCUGGUGGGCCUUCGGUGGUGGAAUCAGGUGGAUGAAGAUGGAAAGAGCCGCUGGGUGUUUGAGUCAAGGAAGGAUGGCAAAAACUCCACAUCCAGAGCAGAAUCCCAGAUUUUCUGGCUCGGACUUACUGCGUGCCCCAUCUUCUGGGUUAUUUUUAUGUUCAGCACCAUCUUGUCCUUCAACAUUAAAUGGCUGGCUGUGGUGAUAAUGGGUUUGGUUUUACAACUGGCCAACCUCUACGGUUACGUCAGAUGUAAAGUGGGUGGAAAGUCUGACCUGGGAAAUUUGGCAAAGAACUACCUGGGUGCCCAGAUUUUUAAACAGGCGAUGAAGGAAAGAUCAUGAAACUAAAGUGGAUGUGUGGGAACCAGAUGCAGUGUGAUGGAGCUCAUCGCUGAAUGGGUCCAUUAUGUUGACUCAGCUCAUGUUGGGACGGUAGAGGGUCUUUUGUCAGGGUUUAUGUUCGUUUUUUCAUAAAUUACUGGAGUUUGCUCUCAGAAGGUAACAUUCAUGUUAAACAGCCAAAGUUCUGAGGGGAUUUGGAUUAAGAUUAUGAUAAAGGUGAAGGUAAAAUUUUUAGUCUUUUUCUUUUAACAGUUCAGCCCUGCAGAAGGCUUUCUGCAGCAAUGUUGUGUUUACUGUGAAUGGGAGAGAGCAGGAAAAACUACAACUGUUCUGUUUUGUAUGUGUGUGUGUGUGCGUAUGUGUGUGUUGCUUCCAUCUAGUUUGUUAGGGAUUUGUUUUUAUUUUCUCGAUACAGUUGGUCAUUAAACAACUUGCAGUUAAAUUCUUUGGACUUGUAUCUGUCACACAGAGAUUCAAAUUAAACAAAUGAAAUAUUU